UUCUGCGCGCGCUGCUGGGAUGGAACGUUGAUAGAGUUCGCGGGUUUCGCUGCAGCGAGCCGGGGGCCGCACGCAGUGCGCCGCACGCAGUGCGCCGCCGCGCGCCAAAGCGGGAAUCUGGGAGGCGGGCACCUCUGCAAUUGAUGCACGCAUUUAAAACUCCCGAACCUGCGGACGCCAUGCACAGGAAACACCUCCAGGAGAUACCCGACCAGACUAGCAACGUUACCACCAGUUUCACGUGGGGAUGGGAUUCUAGCAAGACUUCUGAACUGCUUUCAGGCAUGGGGGUCUCCGCCCUGGAGAAGGAGGAGGUGGACAGUGAGAACAUCCCCCAGGAACUGCUUUCAAACCUGGGCCACCCACAGAGCCCCCCACGAAAACGGCUGAAAAGCAAAGGGAAUGACAAGGACUUUGUGAUUGUCCGCAGACCUAAGCUAAACCGAGAGAACUUUCCAGGUGUUUCUUGGGACUCCCUUCCAGAUGAGCUGCUCUUAGGAAUCUUUUCCUGUCUGUGCCUCCCUGAACUCCUGAAAGUUUCCAGUGUUUGUAAGAGAUGGUAUCACCUAGCGUUUGAUGAGUCUCUCUGGCAGACUGUAGACCUUGCAGGCAGAAACCUCUACCCAGACGUGGUUGGCCGGCUCCUGUCCCGAGGGGUGGUUGCCUUCCGCUGUCCAAGAUCAUUUAUGGACCAACCGUUAGUUGAACACUUCAGCCCUUUUCGUCUACAGCACCUGGACCUGUCGAACUCUGUGAUCGAUGUGGCCACCCUGCACGGCCUUCUGUCUCACUGCUCCAAGUUGCAGAAUCUCAGCCUGGAAGGCCUCCGACUUUCAGAUCCCAUUAUCGAUAAUCUUGCUCAGAACACAAAUUUACUGCGACUCAAUCUUUCUGGGUGUUCUGGAUUCUCUGAAUCUGCCCUGAAGACUUUGCUGAGCAGCUGUUCCAGAUUGGAUGAACUGAACCUCUCUUGGUGCUAUGAUUUCACUGAGAAGCAUGUGCAGGUGGCUGUUGCACAUGUGUCAGAGACCAUCACCCAGCUGAAUCUCAGCGGGUACCGAAAGAAUCUGCAGAGAUCAGAUGUCUCUACCUUGGUUGGAAGAUGUCGCAAUCUUGUCCACCUAGACUUAAGCGAUAGUGUCAUGCUGAAAAAUGACUGCUUUCCAGAAUUUUACCAACUCAACUACCUCCAACACCUUUCACUCAGUCGGUGCUAUGACAUAAUACCAGAAACUUUACUUGAACUUGGAGAAAUUCCCACAUUAAAAACACUACAAGUCUUUGGAAUCGUGCCAGACGGUACCCUUCAACUGUUAAAGGAAGCCCUCCCUCAUCUACAGAUUAAUUGCUCCCAUUUCACCACCAUCGCCAGGCCGACCAUUGGCAACAAGAAGAACCAAGAGAUAUGGGGCAUCAAAUGCCGACUGUCACUGGAGAAGCCCAAUUGUCUAUGAAGCCUGUAUUGCAAGAUGGUGUCUCCUCUUUUCUUUGAACAGGGAAAGUAAGAAGGAAGCCCAGUUGUGGAGAACUCAGCUAUUUUUAUUCUUGGUUUUCUGUUGCCUUCCUUCUACAAGUAUAUUAGAGAACCAUUGGAGAGAGAAAACUAUGAAGUAUUGCUUUUUAGAAAUGACUAUGAAAGCUUUUAUCACUGCUAUACUCUUAAGAGCCUAAGCGCUAUGCUUUUUGAAAUUUUAGGAAGAGUGAGCCUAUAAUUUUAAGAUACCUUAAAUAGCAAAAUUUGAACCACAUCUUCCAAGGCCAUGCUUCAUAAAUCUAUUUAGAAUCAAGCUUAAAAAUCACCACCAGCAAAUCAUUUGUGUAGCCUAUAUGGCAGCUGAACUUUCUUCUAUUUAAUUUUUCAGCACUGCUUUAUUUUAAGACAUAGGUUGCAAAAAAUAAUAAGCUAUUUGUAUUGUAAGCUGAAAAGAAUGAGAAUCAUAGAGUAGAUGUGAAGCAGUCUCUUCUGAGGAUAGCAAGAAAAAUAGACAUUUCAAUGGUGCCUUUAGAUUCGCAAUCAGGUUGAUGGAAACAAAUAGCCCAGGUCAUUCACCUUAAAACCUAAAUAAACAAACAAACAAUCGGCCAA